AAGUUCCCAAAUAGAUAAAGUUAAGACUGUUUUUGGUUAAUUCUAUUGUUAUUUACCUCUGUUAAUGGUAUUAUUUCAAUGGUUUUGAAGUAUUUUUCCAAAAAUACGCAGAUAUUUUUGUCUUUGUUUUGUCAUAUUUUUUUGAGUUUGCACAGUUUGAUACUGUAUGUAAAUGGAGGGUAAUAUUGAAAAGUAAUAUUGAAUUAGAUAAAAAUGCUCUUUAAAAUCCACCAGUAAAAUUUCUUUGUUUUUAAUGUGCUAAUUGAAUCAAGUGUUUCCAAAGCAUUAGGAUUUAGGUAUCGCUUAAAAUCAUGGUACUUGAUUUGGACCUGUUCCGUAAAGAUAAAGGGGGCAACCCUGAAAAAAUCCGAGAGAACCAAUCGAAACGUUACAAGGACGUGAAACUCGUUGAUAAUCUGGUGGAGGCUGACACCGAGUGGCGAAAAUGCCGCUACUCAUUAGACAAUUUCAACAAGCAAAAGAAUCAAUGCAGUAAAGCAAUUGGUUUAAAAAUGAAGAAAAAAGAACCAAUUGGAGAAGAUGAUACUUUGCCUGAGGAUUUUCCACCUUUGGAAGAAAUAACUAAUGAAGUCCUAGCUAAUUUAACAGUUUGCCAAAUAAAGAAAGUAAGAUUGUUGGUUGAAGAAGCGACAACUAAAUGUGAUCAACGUAGAAUUGAACUUGAGGGAAUUCGACUCAAAAAUUUGAGAGAGAUUGGAAACCAUCUGCAUAGUUCUGUUCCUGUUAGCAAUGAUGAGGAUGCUGAUAAUCGAAUUGAACGAACUAUUGGUGAUUGCACGACAAGAAAGAAAUAUUCCCACGUUGAUCUUGUUGUCAUGGUUGAUGGAUAUGAAGGGGAACGAGGGGCAGUAGUGGCGGGAAGCAGAGGUUACUUUCUUAAAGGUCCCCUUGUGUUUCUUGAACAAGCCCUGAUUAACUUUGCAUUGCAAAGACUUGCAAAUAAUGGUUAUGUUCCUUUGUACACACCAUACUUCAUGCGGAAAGAAGUCAUGCAAGAAGUUGCCCAACUUAGUCAGUUUGAUGAUGAACUUUAUAAGGUUGUUGGUAAAUCAAGCGAAAAAGCUGAAGAUGGUGGAACUGAUGAGAAAUACUUGAUCGCUACAAGUGAACAACCAAUUGCUGCCUUGCAUAGAGACGAAUGGCUAGAACCUGAGAAACUACCUAUCAAAUACGCAGGUUUUUCUACUUGUUUCCGGCAAGAAGUUGGUUCGCAUGGAAGGGACACUAGAGGGAUAUUCCGUGUUCAUCAGUUUGAAAAGGUGGAACAAUUUGUUUAUUCUUCUCCUGAAACUUCAUGGCAGCAUUUUGAUGAAAUGAUUGCAACAGCUGAAGGUUUUUACAAGGAUCUUGGCAUUCCAUAUCAUAUAGUAUGUAUUGUAUCUGGUGCAUUAAACCAUGCAGCAGCGAAAAAAUUAGAUUUGGAAGCUUGGUUUCCUGGUUCUGGAGCUCACCGUGAGCUUGUGUCAUGCUCAAACUGCCUCGAUUACCAAGCUAGACGUCUUAAAGUGAGAUUUGGACAAACUAAGAAAAUGAUGGAAAAGGUCGACUAUGUGCAUAUGUUAAAUGCUACAAUGUGCGCAACAACACGCGUUAUUUGUGCAAUUCUAGAAAAUUAUCAAACUGAAGAAGGAAUUGUUAUUCCAGAAGUUCUUAAAUCAUUCAUGCCACAACAAUAUCGAGAUAUGAUUAAGUUUGUUCGUCCUGCGCCAAUUGAUGAAGAAGAAGCGAAGAAGAAGAAGAAAAAGUCUGGGAAGAAGGGGGCAGAUGGUGACAUCACGAAUGAGAUGAAAAAAAUGGAUGUUAAGAGUUAAUUUGAGAUCUCAUACAAUAACAGCUACUCUUGUGGGUGUUACAACAAGGUUGUCUUAACAGCAUUUUGAGUAGAUUUUAAAAAAUUGAGAGAUAUGCAGCUUUGGAUUUUGCUGCUAAACUAUUUAUUAACCUAGCAUCAUUGGAUAUAUUCAUAAAUUAAUGUUAUAGUUGCUUCAUAUGACAAAAUAUACAUCAUUCGUUUACAUAUACGGAUUCAUUUUUUUAAAGUAACAAAAUUAAAACGAACUUUUUUUAAGGAAUUUAAUAAACGUUGCAUUUUUGAUUUGGGGUGUCUGUAGUACGAGGUGGCAAUAAAAAUAAAUCACAUGUAA